AUGUUUGACGUGGCUGUUCAGCUGGUUCGCCCUGGUGGAAUUAUUGUGUAUUCCACAUGUACGAUAAACCCCGGUGAGAAUGAAGCGUUGGUUCGAUAUGCAUUGGAUAAAUACAAGUUCCUCUCGUUGGCUUCACAGCAUCCACGAAGUGGGGGACCUGGCCUUGUUGGUGGUUGUGAAUUUCCCGACGGACAUAUUGAGUAA